AUGUUGCUUUUAGUCAAAUUAUUGCUACUGUUCGGGCUUUUGGCUGCCCGGCCGCCAGUACACUCAGUAACACUCGAGCUGACUGAGUUGGACAACGACUUCUCCAAGACCACGCUAUCCUACUUCGUCUCAUCAACAAUGGUGAGAUUUGACGUGAAGGACGACAAGGUGGUCGAUAAAGUGACCCUGGACAACUUAAGUGUUUGGAGCCCCCCAGACGACACUGAGAAGUUGAGAUGUGCAAAAGUAAUAUAUAACGAAUUUGGCCCUAGACUAGUUCUGCUGGAUUCUAAAAGUAAGUAUGGAAAACAUGAACUGUUAUACUACAUAUAUACCCUCAACGGAUGGGUCUUGUUGAACAGUGUAAACCCGUUUAAUAUUUCUUUACAAGAAAAUGAAGUUGAAAAGGAACAUAAAUCGCCAUUACAUUUGGUUAAUGGAGAUGUUUACACUAAUUUUACUCAUAAACUUGGCAAAACUGAUGGUACCGUUGAUACAGUUAAGAAUUCAGUUGUCAAGACUCAACAAUUACCUAAAGCAGUUGAUAGUGGUAAAAGCAGUGAUUUGAGUAGUUUGGUAUUAGCUACAACUACAUCUGGUAACACAUCUGUUAAUACUGUUAACAGUAGUAAUACUGUUGAUGGCGUUGAUGGCGUUGAUAUAUUCGGAAUUUCAGGUGUUGACUUGUCGAAUGUGCCUGAGCCCCCAGUGUGUCGUAAGUGUACGUAUGUCGUGGACGGGAUAUUGUAUACAAUACACUAUUUCCAUUUUAAAACUAAGUUUAGAAGGGUGUACUACGAAGGGCAGCAGUUGUACGAAGUGCCAAAGGGGAAGCACCUUUCGGGUUCCUGCGUUUACUCUAGGAAUUCUAAGGUCAUUUUCGUUGAUUUUCUUCUGUCAAGCCCCGGAAAGACCCAUUUCGUGUACUUCGAACAUACCUCCGCUGGGUUUGUUAAGCUGCCAAAAGAAGAAUUUAAUGAAAGAUUGCAGAAGUACAAGUCCAUUCCAACAACAGUGGACCUCUCAACAUUUAACUCUAAAACAUACUCAGUCACCACUUCGAAGAGGUUGAAUAAGCGUAAAAUGGAUGAAUCAGUAUCUAAAGUGGACUGUAUGUUAUAUACUCCAAAUGAUGGAUAUGUGAUAAGAAGAGUAAUAGACGGGGAUUUAUUGGUGUUGGAGAGUGAUAACGACAUUUUGGAAGUGUUAUACUACAAUUUGGGAGGACAGAAAUUAUUAAGUAUGAUAUUGCAGGAAGGAGCAAACUUCCAAUAUGAGUAUUACACUUACUUUGGAGACUUAGGAAAAUGGUCAAAAUCGUCAGAGUACUUUUACUACAAGUUAAUCGAUGAAUAUGUUAAGAAAAGCGAGGGCAAAUUCUCACUAGACCUGAAGACCACCACUAACAACAAGUAUUUGAUAGUACAAAAAGACGGCUUUUUAAACCAUCUGAGUUACUUUCCAACCACAAGCGCUUUGGUUAAUGUUGUUUACGAUCAUGGCAGACUUGUUUGGACUGCCAGGAAACCGCGCGAGUCCUGCAUAUUCGUCUGGCACCAGUACCUGUAUAACUUGGUCUACGUGGUUUCCACCUGCGAUGGCCAGCACACUAACUAUCAUUACCAGAAAAAUGGAGAAACCUGGUCCUUUAUCGCUUACGAAGAGUUUAGGCGCCGUUUCUCCUUCAUCUACUCCACCAACGACGUUUUGGACUUGAAGGAUAACUUUGUCGGGUUUGAUGUCACGGAGAACGGAAACGCCUUCACAAUUAAGCCUAAGCACUUCCACCUCAUAAGCAAGGUGACUUAUGGCUCUGUCGUACUCUGGAAUUCCUUGCCAAACUUAAAGUGCUUUUCAGCUAAGAUCAUAUAUGGCGCUAACUCAACCCAGGCUUACCUCUACCUAAAGGAUUACGAAGGCCGCACAUUCACUACUCUUUAUAAAACUGUAGAUAACGAUUUCACUAAAUGGGAGUUAUCGUACUCCGAAACUGCUACUCUCGAUGAAGUUGGUACUCUCCCAACUAAUGUUAAGGUAGAGAACUUUAAGGAUAAAGUAGAAAAUAAAGUAGAGGAUUCAGUCGGAAAUGCACUUGAAAAUGCAGAGAAGUUAGAGAAACUAGAGUACAGGUUAGAGAAAUUGGAGGACAAUUUAGAGAAAGUGGAGGAGAAAUCUGAUAAUGCCACCGUUGAUACUACUGAUAAAGUGGAGGAAAAUGCGGAGAAAGAAGAUAAAUUAGAUAGUAAGCUUGAGCUUACUGAUAAAGUAGAAAAUAGAGAUGAAAAUACACUCGAAAAUACUGUUGAUAAAGAUGAAAAUAGAGAUGAUAAUACAGUAGAAAAUACUGUUGAUAAAGUUGAUAAUACACUUGAAAACACUCUUGAUAAAGAUGAAAAUACAGUUGAAAAUACUGUUGAUAAAUUAGAUAGUAAGCUUGAGGCUACUGACAAAGUAGAUGAUAAGGCUGAUGUUGAUAAAUCUGUUGAGACAGUAGAAACUACUGUUGAUAAUGGUGAUAAAGUUGUUGAAACAGUUGAAAGUAUUGUUAAAUUGGUUGAUGUAGUUGACGGGUAUUUGGGUGGAGUAUUUGAUUUACAAAAAAUGAAGAAAACGGAGUACGGAGAUUAUGUUGAUGCCAGAAAGUAUGGCUUAAAUUAUUUGUUGUUUACACCUCACCCCGGUUACCCAGUGAGGGAUUUGAGAGAUGGACUUGAAACCAUAUGGAAGUCUUCCACACAAGAGUGCGUUGCGCUCUCAGUUUUCCUAAGGGACGAUGCCCCAGUCAUGGUAGAACUGUUUGUCAAAUGCAGUGUGGAAGUCUCGAGGAAAUUCUUCCAACUUAAAUUUAAUCGCUGGUACCCUGUAGACUCACACACAUACGACAUACUAACAGAUUCACUACAAAACUGA